AUGGACGUGAACAAGGACCUGCGCGACGCCCAGGCUCUCCUGCGGCAGAUCUGCCAGGAACAAGGCCUUCGGCGCACCGAGGUGCCCCCGGGCGCGGCCUCCCGCGCCGAGCUCAGUUUGCUCAGCAUCCGCCUGGACAGCCUCGCGGUCAAGUUCGGGCACCUGUGCGACACGGUCAAGCUGAUCCUGGACCGCGCGCUCGACGACGAGCACGAGCACGGUGGGUACGGCUUCGACGCGGACUUGCAGCACGGCGCGCUAGGUGACCGGGAGGUGCGCGAGGAGCCCGACACUGCAUCCGAUGACUCCACGUCCGGGGGUCGGGUUGGCGGGUCCGAGGAGGACGGGGUCGAGGCUCCGAGCAUGGAGGGAGAGGCCGAGGAGGACGGUCGCACCAGGAACGUCGCGAAUGUGUCGCGGAGGCGCAGGAGGGGCGACCAGCUUGAUGGCCCGCGACCGCGCAAGAAGGCGGCGCCGGCCGGGCGUGCUCGCGCGCAAACGGGGGAGAGAAACCAGGAGCACCUCGCCGGGGAUAAUUCGAGCGAUGAGGGUGCGGAGGACAGCGGGGAGGAGGAGGGGGACGGUGCGCCCGGGCCAUCAACGCCCGACCGUGGUGUUGCGUUGCGGACGCGCGCGCGGCUGGAUAUGCGCGGCGAGGCGCAAGGGAAUCGUCAGGAGGGGCGGCCGGCGGCGCGGACGGAGCCGGCGAGGCGCCAGCCCGCUCAGAGGACGACGCGCCCGGAGGCACCCGCGGGCGCGCAACGGCAGACGGGAAACGGUGGUUCUCGCGCGGCCGCUCGGGCCGAGACGCGCGGCGCCGCGGGCGACGAGGGCGGCGUGCUGGGCCACCGCGGCAACGCGCUGCUGUGCCUGCUCGCGUUCCGCUGCACGUUCGCGGACGCCCUGCCCGCCGUGCUCGCGAGCCCCGGUCUGCGUCUGCGGCACGCGCCCAGGACGCAUGACACGCUGGCGGGGAUCUGCGCGAAGGCCCAGGCGGGGCGGCUGGCCGAGUGCUUCGACGCGGCGGACGCGGAGCUCGUCGAGCAGGCCGCGAAGCAGGCGCUUAAGUCCGCCAACAACAUCCGCGGCGCCGUGGGCCGCACGCUGCGCAGCGCGGCGCUGAGUUUCCACGUCAAGACGAUCGCGGCGGAGAACAACUCCUCCGCGCCGCCGCAGCGCGCGUUCACGCAGUGCAAGGCCGCGCGGCACGCGUGCGAGCUCUGCCCCGCGGACGACAUGCAGGAGUACGUUACCUUCGAGCAGCUCGUCGUCGGCGUGGACGGGCGGCUGUACGACGGGAAGGCGUCGCUGCUGCGGCUGCUCGUGGACGCGUGGGCGCGCAACUUCCCGCGCAAGCACUGGCCGCAGCCCGAGGGCGAGCCGGACCGCGUCACCCCGGGGGUGUUGGCGGGGGUGUUGGUCGAGGUAGAAGCCAUGUGCACGCCGGAGCGGAAGAAGGUGCCGCGGGACAGGCACGCGCACUGGGCCGCGCGGUUCCGCCACAUGUUCGACAGGUACGUGCGGCCGCUGAUCGGGAGCGCGGACGCCGGGCGGCUCCUGUUGCCCGCGGCGGUGACGGCGGGGCUCUUGCCGGGGGUGUCUGCGGUGCCCGCGGCGUGCGGGCGCGGCGCCGAGGACGAGCCCGCGGUGAUGCGGGAGAGCAUGCGCGACGUCGCUGCCGCGGCGGCGCGGGCGCGCGAGGCUGCGUGA